CCUCCCAAUCCUCGAUAAACUGUGAUAGCAGCAGCCCGUGGCUCGCUCGGUGGGUCUGUGGGCUAUAAAACACAACAAAUCAUAAAGUGCAGAGGAAGGAGGACGGGAGGGAGAGCCGUUAACCGUUAACCGUUAGUCCCCUUCUUCUUCUUCUUCUUCUUCGGCUUGUUGUUGUGUUUGUCUCGUGCCCUCCUGUCCUUCCCCUCUCCUCUUUUCUCCUCCUUUCUCUUCUUCACUUUCUCCCGAUGAGUUCUUAUUUUGUCAACUCUUCUUUCCCGGUGACGUUACCGGGAACGGGAGGCGGCGGACAGGCAGCAGCAGAGUCGUUCCUGGGUCAGAUCCCGCUCUACUCGUCGGGAUACGCCGCCGAUCACCCGCUCAGACACUACCCGGCCGCCGCCGUUACCGUGGCGUAUGGAGCGAGCCAGGAGAAAGCCUACCCCGCGUCCUCGUACUACCAGCAGGCUGCUAACGGAGCGUACGGCGGGCACCGGGCGGCUGUAGGGGGCGCAAACGGAGCAGGCACCUGCGACUAUGCCACGGCAGCGGCCGCAGCUGCAGCAGCAGCGGCGACGAGCUUCUACCGGGACAAGGAGCUGCCGUGCAGCCUGGAGGAGCAGAGAGCAGAGUGCGCGGGGCUGAGCGCUAAAGGACUGUUUGGUGAAAGCAUGGAGGACAAACAAGCAGCUUCAGCGCCCAUUUAUCCAUGGAUGCAGCGCAUGAAUGCGUGCAACGGGACUUUCGGGGGUCCCGGGAGGCGCGGGCGUCAGACCUACACGCGUUAUCAGACCCUCGAGCUGGAGAAGGAGUUCCACUUCAAUCGGUACCUCACGAGGCGGAGAAGGAUCGAGAUCGCGCAUGCGCUCUGCCUCACGGAGCGGCAGAUCAAGAUCUGGUUCCAGAACCGGAGGAUGAAGUGGAAGAAGGAGAACAAGCUGAUCAACUCCUCGUCCUCUUCCUCUUCCUCCUCCUCUUCCUCCACGGUGAACGGAGCUGAGGAGGAGGAGAAACGGACGGAGUGAAAACAAACUGAUGAAGGACAGAAACAAAAAGGGGAAGAGGAGGAGGAGGAAGAAAAGACUUUAAGUUUGUCCAGACCAUUGUCUGGAGUGAACACUCUGGGAGAAAAGAAGCCUUUGUUUGAUUUUAUUUAAUUUUUGUACUGAAGCAGGGCUGAAAUAAUAUCUAGGGAAGGAAAACGAUCCAUUUAUGAAGCCUCUCAUCACCUCCAAAUAAACUCUAAGGCUGUGUCCUAAACCCCAAACUUUCACACUCCUCAUACUAAAGGAGUUCCAAAUUCAAAGCAGAGAAAUGACCCGGAUGUUCAGCCGACAAAACUGGACAGAAAAGUGUGAGUGCACAACGAUUAAACUCCAACUCUGAAACUGCAGGACCUCCAGGAACUUUGACUCACAGCCUCGAUCGAAUCGCUGCCGUUUCCAGCUCUGACGAGAGAAAUUGAACGCACCAUAAACCGCUCCAAAAUGCACUGCAGCUCAAGAAGAUCCGAUGGCGAAGCUCGCCAGCCAACAAGUAGCAUAAGAAUAAAACACUAAUGCAGGAUCUUACGAACCGACAGCCAGGCUAGCUCAAAGCUAGCUUAGCCAAAAAAGCUUGGACACAAAGUCACAUGAUGCAGAAAUCAUGGGCGUCCUAUCCAUUAGCCUAGCAUGCACUCUGAGGACGGAGUAGAAGUGUGUAGUGCGUGGUUUGGGACACAGCCCUUAUCUUAAGGCUUUAGUACGGAAGAUUUUAGGGCCAUGGAAAAAAAAGUUUUUAGUUCUGAUUGAAAUCCCAAAUUCUGAGUGGCCCUAACAGGCUUCCGUAGUAUGAAAGCAUCUCUAUGUGGUCUUAAAAAAAUAAAUUAUAAUAGACUCUCUAGAAGUAACCGUGUGACCUCAAAGAGCAUUAAAAAUAUGAAACACAUACACACACUCAUAAACACACACACAUAAAAACAAAAGAUGCUGAGUGUGCUAAAGAAAUCAGAGACACUUCUCCUCGUUGCAUUCCAAAAAAAGAAAACUACCUAACUUGGUAUCCUACCUAUAGUUCUUAUUUUGUCUUAUGUACUUCCUGUUUGCAGGCACUUGUUUUGUUUAGAACUUUCUGGACUCUUCUUAGAGCUUUCCCCACUUUAAUCUUUGAUUUUCUCUUUCUGUUGGCGUGCUGUGUGAAUUAUACCCUCAAGUAAACGUGCAAACACACGGACGCCGCGUGGGAAGCUUCUAGAGCUGUAGGCCUGUCUCAUACGUUGUUCAUAUUUAAACUGUACAGAAAAAAAACACACCAUACGGUGGGAUUAUGUACAUUUGGG